CCGCCCCAUCCUAAUUCCCCACACGGCGAAAGCAAAUCAAAUCCAAUCCACCUCUCGCCUCCAAAUCCCAAAUCCUCUACUCGUCGUCGUCGCGGUUCAUCUCCAGCGAAUUCCCGAUGGCGCCCAAGGCGGAGAAGAAGCCCGCGGAGAAGAAGCCGGUGGAGGAGAAGGCGGAGAAGAAGCCCAAGGCCGAGAAGCGGGUGCCGGGCGCCAAGGAGGGCGGCGGCGAGAAGAAGGGGAAGAAGAAGGCCAAGAAGAGCGUCGAAACUUAUAAGAUCUACAUUUUCAAGGUCCUCAAGCAGGUGCAUCCCGAUAUCGGGAUAUCGUCCAAGGCCAUGUCGAUCAUGAACUCGUUCAUCAACGAUAUCUUCGAGAAGCUCGCCCAGGAGGCCGCCCGUCUCGCCCGCUACAACAAGAAGCCGACCAUCACCUCCCGCGAGAUCCAGACCUCGGUGCGCCUCGUCCUCCCCGGCGAGCUCGCCAAGCACGCCGUCUCUGAGGGCACCAAGGCCGUCACCAAGUUCACGUCGUCUUAAGACGCGUGAUCUGUUCAUGUUCGUUGGAUGUUUAUCUGUUCUGAUGUUUAUUUAGAGCGCUCUUAGAUUUCCCACAUGGAACAAUGUAGUAUCGGUGAAAUUCGCUAUAAAUGAAUCGCUGAUCUUAUCACAACUUUCAAUGUGUUUCUCUUGGUGCUUGAAUUCCUGUGAAUUUGUGGUUUGUGCUUUGAACGGGCUGCAGGAAAUGUCAAAUGAGUGACCGCAGAGGCUACCUACGGAGGAUUUUGUAAUUUGUAUCAGUGGAAAAAGUUUGUGAUGUAUCAGAGUGAAUAAUACCGAAUUUAUGGGAUUUAGAUUACA